AUGAUGCAUUGUACGACGGACUACUUGUUCGUUCCGCCAUUUAUGGCAUAUCCAACGCCGGACACUUAUAAUGCAAGAACCAAUCGCCUCAGUCAAUCACUGCUUCAUUUGCACGUUGUCGGCUCGACACCCCAGUUUACCUCGAUUACCGUUGGUGGAAGUCCAAUUAUUUCUAACUGUCUACUCAAUGUUCGUUCACAAAAACUCGCGGAAGCGCAGAACUCAAGCCUUAAGUCAUUAAUCAAAUUGUUGAGAGGCUUACGACUUAGCGAGGAGCAACUCAUUUCUAAUAGUUUUCCUCGCUGGAAAAACAGUGAUAGAACGAAAGCGGUCGUAGUACCAAGUUUCUUCGAUACCAUUAAUGGACGUAAAGAAUUUAUUCCAGACGAAGAUACAAGGCGGAGAUGUGUUCGAUGUCACGCUCCUUAUCGGCUACCAAGUGAUGGAAGAAAAAGAGUAGAUUUUUGCAUACAUCAUUCAGAACCAGCUGUAUUCUCUUCAGAAGUAAAAACUCAUCCAUGUUGUGGAAGAGCACUGGGAGUUGCCGGAUGUCAACAUGCCGAGAGUCAUGUGACCGACACGAUGAGGGAAUCUGUGUUGUCCGAGUUUCACGCCACACCCGAACCUGCAGGACCAUCCGAUCCGAGAACCGAUACAUUCUACGCUCUCGACUGCGAAUUUGUGUAUACAACAUGGGGGAAAGAAGCAGCAAGAGUGACAGUGGUUGAUGAGUACGGUAAUGAAGUGCUUGACUGUGUUUUUCGUCCUGAUCACGAGCUGGUCGAUCCGAACACGCGAUACUCGGGAUUAACAACGGAGGAUAUUGAGAACAGCGACACGACUCUUAGUGAUGUAAGAGAGAUCCUGUUCGAGAUGAUCAACUCUGACACAGUAUUGAUUGGCCACGCUCUUGAAAACGACCUCAAAGCAUUACGAAUCGUUCACGACAAUGUUAUAGAUACUUCUGUGUUGUUCUCGCGUUCAAGCGCUGAAGGACGUCGUUUCAAGCGAAGUUUAAAAUCGUUGGCCAGAGAAAAGCUGGACAUGGAGAUCCAAAGUGAAGCUGGUGGUCAUGACAGCGGUGAAGAUGCGUGGGCAGCAAUGCGUCUGGUGCUAAGAGCUGUGAAAUCAGCUUUGCCAUGA